AUGCGUACCAUAGUGGGCAGUUUGUGUGUUAUUCUUCUGUGGAGUGUCGUAGCGAAUGGCUCAUUGAAUGAUGAGUAUGACAGUGAUAAACGCUAUCAUCCGAGGCUUCCCGAUGAAAACGUUCCUGUCAAAGCGUCCCGAAAUGCAGAGCAGGAGCAAACGAUCGAGUACUGGAGAAACCAGGCAAAGGCCACAGUGGAAAAGCAUGUGAAACGAACGGAGAACACAAACAUUGCCAAGAAUGUCAUCAUGUUCUUGGGCGAUGGAAUGUCCAUCGCCACCGUUGCGCUUGCAAGAAUUCAUGCAGGAGGCGAGGAGACUCCGUUGUCCUUUGAAGAGUUCCCGUACAUCGGCAUGGCGAAGACGUACUGUGUCGACUAUCAGGUACCCGAUUCGGCUUGCACAGCCACCGCCUAUCUGACCGGUGUCAAGGGUAACAUGGAUACGAUCGGUGUUAACGCGCAGGUUAAGGUUAGAGACUGUGAGGCUGGUCUUAAUCGAACAUUGCACACCACCUCCAUCGGUCAGUGGGCAAUUGAUGCCGGUAAAGAUUCGGGAAUAGUCACAACAACACGUGUCACACACGCUUCUCCAGCGGGAAUUUAUGCGCACACGGCUUACCGGGACUGGGAGGAUGACUACUACGUGAAAGAAGAUGGUUGCGAUCCUGACCUCGUGGAUGAUAUUGCGGAACAGUUGGUGUACGGUGAGACAGCUCCAAAACUGAGAGUGAUUUUGGGUGGCGGACGACGUGAGUUUAUGGAUAAGGACAUUCAUCAAGACUACGAAACGGGAAAAGGAGGAUAUCGAUCGGACGGAAGACAUCUGAUCAACGAAUGGUUGCGGAAUGGUCCUGUCGGAGAGAACCGAACGUUUGUGUGGAAACGAUCGGAUUUGCUGGCAGUGGAUCCACACCGGACAGAUAGAUUGCUCGGAAUGUUUGAACCGGGUCAUUGUGCGUACAAUUUGGACAAAAUUGAUAACAACUUGGAUGAAGAGCCAACGCUAUCGGAGAUGGUAGACAAGGCGACAGAUAUUCUGAGUACCAACCCGAACGGAUUCUUCCUGUUCGUGGAGGGCGGUCGCAUAGAUCACGCACAUCAUGACAACCGUGCUAAGUAUUCAAUCGAUGAAACGGUGGAGUUCGCGAAAGCGAUAGAGUUAGCUCGCAAAAAGUACAGUGAAGAAGACACGUUGAUCGUGGUGACAUCUGAUCAUUCUCACAGUGUCAGUUUUGCAGGUUAUCCGAGCCGCGGUAAUGACGUGUUCGGGACGGCUGGUAAUGGUAGAGACGGUGUCCCUUAUAUGACGAUUAGUUACGCUAAUGGACCGGGCUACAAAAAGCACGUCGAUGUUGAGGCUGGCACUCGCAUGGAUGUACGUCAGAUGGAUCGAUCAAAGUCAAACUUUGCAUUCCCCGCUAUGUUGCCGAAGGAUUCCGAGACGCACGGUGGCGAAGAUGUGGCCGUAUACGCGUCCGGCCCGUGGUCUCAUUUGUUCGUAGGUUCGUACGAACAAAAUGUCUUGCCGCACAUGAUGGCGUACGCUUCUUGCAUUGGUAAUGGAUUGAAGGCAUGUAAGCCAUGA